AUGAGCUGGAGUUUUCUGACUCACCUGCUGGAAGAAAUCCACAACCAUUUUACAUUUGUGGGCAAGAUCUGGCUCACUGCUCUCAUUGUUUUCCGCAUUGUGCUAACAGCCGUAGGAGGAGAGUCAAUCUACCACGAUGAACGAAGCAAUUUUGUCUGCAACACAGCCCAGCCAGGCUGUGAGAACGUAUGCUACGACGCCUUCGCUCCACUCUCACACGUCCGCUUCUGGGUCUUUCAAAUUAUCCUGGUGGCCACCCCUUCAGUUAUGUACCUGGGCUACGCUGUCAACAAAAUUGCUCAGGCAGAGGAGAAGGCAGAAAGUGGGGGAGUGAAUGGAUUUUCCCAGAAGAAACCCAAGAAGCACUAUCUUGCAGGCAGAAAGCAGCACAGGGGCAUUGAAGAGGCUGAGGAUGACGACGAGGAAGACCCGAUGAUCUAUGAAGUGGCAGAGGUGGAGAACGACGAUUGUGAAGCAGAAAAGGGAGGCAGCUGUGAUAGAAAAGUAAAAGCCAAAGUACGCCAUGAUGGGCGUCAUCGUAUCAAAGAGGAUGGAUUGAUGUGCCUUUACAUCUUCCAACUCCUGUUGCGCUCCUUGCUGGAGGUUGCUUUCCUCUAUGGUCAGUACACCCUCUAUGGCUGGUCCGUUCCUGCCAUCUACGUAUGCGAAGAGCAGCCCUGUCCUUAUAAGGUGGACUGCUUUGUGUCGCGACCAACUGAGAAGACAAUCUUUCUCCUCAUCAUGUACACAGUCUCCCUGCUCUGUCUAACACUCAAUAUAUGGGAGAUGCUUCACCUGGGCAUAGGUACCAUGUGUAAGAUAAUACACUCGACGAAGCUCCCCAAUGAGGAGCUCUACGGGCUGGCAAGAGGACAAGGCCGUCUUAACAAGGUGAGAUUGAGUGACCCAUUUUCUUGGAAUGCACCAGCGCCUCCACCUGGGUACAACAUCGCCAUCAAACCUCCUCUGGUAGGUAAAGGGAACCACAACCAACCACUACCCAUCACUGAUCUAACUAAUGCCAAGCUGGCAUGUCAGCAGAAUCACGUGAACAUUCCCCAAGAGGAGCGUCAACAGAACGGCAUUAAUGAUGAAAACCAGUGCAGAGCUGGGAAGGGAAAUGCACCCAGGGCUGUUCAUAAGGACAGUGGUAGACCUCAGAAAAUCCUGGAGGGUGAUAAUCAGACCUACAUCCAGCUGCAGAGCCACACUAACAACCGCAGCACGCCCCACCGUGAACGUAAACACCAGCAGACCAACAGACAUGCCUCCAGCAGGGCAUAUACAGACAGAGGUAGCAGCGGCACCAGCAGUAGCAGCAAAUAUGGAGUCAAAAAGGGUUCAGAGUGGAUUUGA